CGUGGUUUGUAAAUGUGGUUGACGUAUCGAGGUGCAAGUCAGUGAAAAUGAUAUCUAACAAGGAACUGUGUAACUGGGAAUAUUAAAGAAUGAUUAAAUAUGAGCAAUGUAAAAGUAGCUGUCCGUGUUCGUCCACUUAGUCAACGAGAAAAGGAUGGCAACAGCAAAUCUAUCGUGGAGGUUCACGGGGACAGCCUCAGUAUCCUUAACGCGAAGGUGGAGCAGUAUUCUGAAUAUGGAGACAGUAGAGAAAAGAUCAAACAUUUCACAUUUGACUACUGCUACGACUCUAGCGGUGCUCCCCAGUCCCCAGGGUAUGCCUCCCAACAGCUGGUGUUCCAGGACCUGGGGACCGAGAUUCUACAGGCAGCGUUUGAGGGUUACAAUGCCUGUCUGUUUGCCUAUGGACAGACUUCUACCGGGAAGACUUAUACCAUGAUGGGGGCUAGAGAAGAUUAUGGAAUUACACCAAGAAUAUGUGAGGGACUAUUUAGCCACGUAGAUGAUUGUUUGAGCGAAAACGUCACAUUUAGAGUCGAUAUCAGUUAUCUAGAGAUUUAUAAUGAGAGGGUGAAGGAUUUGCUGAGGCCAACAUUGUUAAAACCCAAGGAAAAGUUUACAUUAAAAGUCAGGGAGCACCCCAAAGAGGGGCCUUAUGUACAAGAUUUAUCCUCCCAUCCUGUCAAGGAUAAUUCUGAAAUUCAGGAUCUUUUGGACAGAGGCAAUGAAAGCAGGACCACUGCCUCAACCUACAUGCAUGACCGUAGCAGUAGAAGCCAUGCUAUAGUUACCAUAACAUUUACUCAGGCUAAAUUAGAAGAUGAUUUACCUCAUGAAAUAGUUAGCAAAAUUCAUCUUGUCGACUUGGCCGGCAGUGAGAGGGCCGACCCAAACUUUAGUGAACACUACAAAGGCAGAUUAAAAGAAGGGGCAAAUAUCAACAGAUCUCUAGUUACUUUAGGCAAUGUCAUUAAGGCUUUAGCUGAACGCUCCCUGUUGUCAUGGAGUGCAGACAAUCUGGGAUCCACCCAGAGCUUCCUUAGUGCUGCAGAUUCCAGCCCCAAACGAGUCCGUCUUCCAUACAUACCAUACCGAGAUUCCGUCCUCACCUGGCUUCUCAAGGACAGUCUCGGGGGAAACUCCAAGACAAUCAUGAUCGCCACAAUAACGCCUGCGAGCAUGUACUAUAGUGAAACUAUCAGCACUCUAAGAUAUGCUCAAAGAGCCAAGAGUAUCAUCAACAAACCAAAAAUCAAUGAGGAUUGUCCGCCCUUUGUUGUUUAUGAUCCCAAUGUGAGCCUGAUUCGAGAGUUACGACAGGAGAUUGAGAGACUUCGAGAAUUGCUCAAAUCCGCUCAAAUGGGUAGUUCCCAGAUGUCCGAAUUAAACUUACUUGUUCAAAUGCAUGACAUGAUGACUGAAACCCAAAAGAGUAACUCGCAACAAGCGUCCGCGGAGGUGGGGUCAGUCCUGGCCGAGAGAUUACUGGACCAUGAGAAUAUGGCCAAGAAGUUGACUCAGACUUGGAAACACAAGUGGACAGAGGCUCCUGACUUCAUCAAGGAGUCGGACUUGAGUAUCCGAGGACUCAAGCACUCGAGCUCGAUGGGAGUCAUGAUUGAGUCUCAGAUGCCUCAUCUGGUGGGAAUGGAUGAUGAUAUACUUAGUACUGGAGUCACUAUAUACCACCUUAAGGAAGGUAAAACUUUGGUUGGAAGAGAGGAUGCAGAAAGACCGCAAGAUAUAGUUUUACGUGGUCCAGGUGUGAAACAGGAACAUUGUUUCUUUAAAAUCCAUUAUGGCACUGUAACCUUGCAUCCAAACCUCGGAGCUCAGUGUGCGGUUAAUGGGGUCGAGUGUAAGGAUUCUGUUGUCCUGAAACAAGGUGACUAUGUAUUGCUUGGGAAAACCAACAUGUUCCGCUUCAAUAACCCUGCAGAGGCUGCAAAAUUGCGAGAAAAACGACAGAGCAUGAGCAGUCUGACUGACCUAUCGUGUGGGGACAGUGUGGAGAGUCUUGACACAGAGGACAGUGACCAGUAUUCCUUCUACAAUAGGCGGCCAUUCCACCCACUAUACGGUCCAAAUCUGCAGUUAGAAAGGCAGUACAGGAGUGAAUCAGAGAGAAUUAAUCAGGCAAAAAAAGAGCUGGAACAGCUGCGAGAUGAACACCAAAGAGCUGAGGAACUGAGACGGGAGCGAGAGGAAGAAUUGUACCGGAUUCACGAGGAGCACCGAGCCGAGAUACAGCGAGAUCUGGAGAGAGCAACCAGGAUGAAGGAGGAGACUCAAGCUCAGCGAGAUAAGGCUGAGGCUGAGAUUGAAUAUGCUCGCGAGUGCCUACAGAAGGAAAAGGAGGCCUUUUAUGAGAAACUGCAAGCAGAGCUGAAAAAUCUCCAGAAGUUUGGGACAGUGUCGGAAGUGGUUACACAGACAGAUCUAGACUCCUCAGGGCAUGUGAAGGAGGCUAUAAACACAGCUAAACAAUCUGGCUGGGGGAAAGUCAAAGAUCUCCUCCACACGGAGCUGAAGUCACGACUCCAGCUCAGAGAAACUGAGGAGCGACUGAGGAGACAAUCUGAGGACCUGGAGGAGCAGUUUGAAAUGUCACAAAGAGAGAUUCAGCAGAAGAUGGGGAAGAUUAAGGAGGUUGAGGAAGAAUACAAAUCGGAGGACGCUGUCCACUACGAGGAGAUGACCAACAAGAUGAAGGAGAUUGAGGACCUGACUGAACGCGAGGAGCAGCUAGAGCUGUACAUUGAGGAGACACAGGACCUGUUAAUGGUGGGAGUAGACCAGCCUCGUCCUAUCCGGUCAGCCUGCAGUGAGGAGGUCCUUACUGUCCUCAGUCCUACCAACCCAGGCUUCCCAACAAGAACCACCAGUCUCAUGGCCUUACCCAGAGGAAGUGAGGGAGACCUACCCUCCUGUUCAAAUAGACUCUCCCAGAAGCCAGAUGAUCAGUCUAUGGAAGAGUCCACUAAUUCUUUGUUUGAGGGAAGUGAGGCAAGUAUGGACAUGUCAUCUAGUGUGGGAGAGGGUGAUGAUGGUGGUAAACGAAAAAGUGGUGCUAAAAGUGAGAAACUAGUGAAAACCGCAAAAAAUGUCACGGAUAGACUUUAUAAAGCUCCAGAGCCAAAAUUUAAGUAUCAACCUAAAUCAAAGCAGUUGUCAAGGAGUUCAGGUGCUACAUAUGAUGCAAGUGUUAGAACAAGGGACAGAAGAUCCCCUAUCUCUCCUACUAGAGAUUCUCCAUCCAGGAGUAUGUCACCCAGGAUAUCCCGAGGUCGUCUCAAGUCCGAAUCACCAAGGUCAACCCCUAGGUCAACUCCAUCUCCAAGGCAAACUCCAGAGAGACAGUUAAAUGAAAAGUCCUCAAAUGACAGCAGGAGAGGUAAGAAACCUACUGAUUUAAAUGAAAAGGAUACAAGGACUAAUAGUGAAAAGGCAGGUUCUAGCACUGCCAAAAAAUCCCAGCCUUCACCAAAGUCCAAAGGUACAGAUCAGAUAUCUUCAGGGACUAAGAAAGAUCCUUUGGACAAAAAGCAUUCAUCAACUGGAGAUUUAGCUGAUGUCAGAAGCAGAAGACAAUCUCCUGGUAGCCAUGAUGAUAUUAUUGGCAGACGAUCAUCACCCUCUGGUAGGCAAAGAGAUUCAGAAAACAGUAGACUCAGUCCGAACUCUGAUGGUGGUAGUCGAAAAUUUGUAUCACGGCUACGCCAUAUUGCCAGUGCCUCCUCUCUAGCAAAUGUUCCAGAAUCCAUUGCUGAGGAGGUGGAACCAGCUGAGCCAGAACAGAGGAGCACCAGUCAAGUUGUUGUUGUAAAGAGGAGAAAGAAACGUCCCCAGAUUGAAGGGGAAGAAUUCAGAAGACACUCUGAACCUUUAGGGGAAGAGCUUGCUGAAGCAUUUGAUAAGUAUACACAAGACUUUGAGCAAAUGGAGUGGCAAAGGGCAGGCAGCUCAUGUUUGCAAGGAAGGGAAAAUUCUCUGAACUGGAUGGGUAGUUAUCCAGAAAAUAUUAGUUACAGUAUCCCUAGAUCAAUGUCAAAUGAGGAUAUUGAACAGCAGAGAGAUGGAAGUGUUGAUUCUGAAAAUGAUGUUCAAACUAAACUGAUGCCAACAAUAAAUGUUGAAGAAUGUGAUGAUUUUGAUAGUAGCAGACUACAUCGAGAACCCAGUGUGUAUUCUGAGACAGGGUCCACCGUGUCAGAAGUGUCUACAGUAGUGGACACCGAGAUAGAUGCAUCUGAUCAAGCUGUGUUCAUGGAAGGAGUGGAAACUUUAUCAGAUGAUGAAUCACCAAGGAAAGAGUCGGAUCUGUCGGAGUCUCCUAAACCCGGAUCAAAGAGGGAGCAUGAUUUAGUUAGUGAGAGGACAAGUUCUGUGCCUAUGAAAAUGGCAAGGACGGAGAAUGAUAUUGAUAUUAACCCUGACAAUCAAGACAAAAUGGCUACCUCCCAAUUCCCUGAAAGUCAGUUUUUUACUGGUGAAUCUGUUCCAUCAGACUCUGUGUCUGUGUCAUCCGAUUCUUUGGAUGAUAGUAAAUCGGUUGAUUCUCUGGAGUGUCCCAGAGAAAGAAAGGGUGAUGAGGGUGAGGAAAAUCUAGAUGAUUCUUUAGAUGAAUCACACAUGCGUGACACUCUUACUUCUCAGGCAAGUGUAACGUUCCUCAGUGACAGUAAUAAUUCCACUGAAUUGUUGACCUCUGGUGAAGGACGCAACUUGACAGAGGAUCUCGAUUCAUCUAAGAACAGUGAUUUGAACUUUGUUUCUCAGGUUACAGUGUCACAACAGACCACAGACAAAAGUAAACUGGCAAAUUUACCUGAAUCUAAUAACUCUCAAGCAUCUGGGGUAACAGAGAGUCCACAAUUGCCUUUCGUAGAAGUACAACAGAGUUCUGUAUCUCCACACAUAACAGAAAGUAGUGAUUUGUCUAUUUCACCUGGAGUAAAGGAGUCUCAGGAAGCAGAAAAUCCGCAUUCAGCAUCAGACAAAGUUCCAGAUUUGAGUACGCAAGAACAUUUACACUCUGUGAUUGUUGAUUCAGUGUCAAGGAGGAAUGAAAAAUCUGCAGAGUCCUUUCCAUCCGAAGAAAGUGUUGAAACCUCAACAAAUAUAACUGAAAAUAAAAUUUCGGCUUCAGAAAUUGAUAGUUUACAUGAUUCAGAGAAACUGACGGCUACACCAGUCUCAUUAUCUGGUAAUGGUAAUAUUUCCCCAACAUCAGAAACAAGUGCCCCAGAUAUCACCAUCAAAGCUAUUCCCCAGGAAUUGUCAACAGAGUUUCUCUCAUCAUCAUCAAACAAGGUAGUUCCAUCAUCACAAGUGACCAUUGCGGAUAGAGAUUCAGAUUCUAAAUUUGAAAAUUCCAAACAAACAGGACCAGAUGAACAGUUUGAACAAGAGGAGAAGGAACAAAGUGUAACUGUGAUUCAGCCCACAGUGGCAAAAAUUUCAGAUUCUAAAGAAACUGGGCAAAAUGAACAAUUAGUACAAGGGGACCAAAGAGUGUCAGAGUCAUUUAUUCCAGACAAGGAGUCUUUAGAAUUCAUACAAGCAGGACCAAAUUUACAGUUAGUACAUGAACAGAGGGAUCAAAGCAUAUCAGAGGCACAUUCCACAUUCUCAGAUUCAUCAGUAAUAGACACUGACCAUACUGUUCAGAAAAUGUCAGCCAGCCAUGAUAAAACUGCAGCAAUGGAUAUAGAGAGCCAAGGACCAGUCACUGAAAGUACUUCAUUAUUAUCUUCAAAACAAGGGACGAGUGAUCCACAGCAUGUUUCAUCAGGAGACUCCAAUCUCGCAGAGCAGAGCAAAAGCGAGGCAGGGGAUUCACCAGCUCCUGAGGAAAAAAGUGAAGAGUGUGAUUCUAUUUCGGCACCAUCGGACUCGGACUCAAACAAAGUGAACAUGGCUGAUAAAUCAUGUGAUGGUAUAACAGUUGAACAGACCGACAGAGCUUCACAAGUGAACAUUCCAGAAUCACCAAAGAAGGACACUUCUACGGUGUCUGGAACAGCCUCUCAGACAAACUUGAUUUUUCCUCAGAGUUUUGAUGACCAAAAUGAGACUAACAUGGAAAUUGAAGCAAAUAAUGCAUUGCAGGAGUCCAUGGAAAUUUCUACCUCAUUUAGUGAAUUCAGUGGAACAGAAAAUGAGAAGUCAUUAUCCAUUAUUGCAGUGGACAUGGAGGAAGAGUCUAGGAAGACAGUGGGGGUGUGUACCAGUCCUUCCCUCAUUUGUCCCCAUGAUGAUACCCACAGUUGUUCUAAUGACAGCCUACAGGAAGUCAAGGAGCAGCUGCAGGAGUUACAGGAAGUCCUAGAGGGUCACAUAGGACUGCCAGCAAGGGGAGUGUAUCAGGUGUCCCCCCAGUUAUCCUCUGCCCGGAGAGCAGUCAGGCAGCGUGCCAUGAUCCAGAGGAAUGGUCGCUUAGAGAGUGGGGAAUCAGACGGCACAGAUCCCCUCGCAGAAAGUGCUGAAGCCACAGGUUCGCAGUCAAAGUCUUGCUCUAGACCAACUUCAGGAUCCCGGCGACGAAGAAGAGCACAACUCAAGCCAUACAAGAAAUCCGGGAAGUGUCCAUAUUGUCAGAGCUCCGAGGAAUAUCAACUUACUACAGAAAGUGAGAGCCACAAUUCAGAUACUGCACUGAUCAGCAAAGAGGAAGAGCUUAGUCAGCCCGAGCAAUCAAAAUCUGAUGAAGAAAUCUCCCAUGAUGCAACAGCAGUAGGAUUAUCUGAUGAUGAUGCUACAAAAGACAGUGAACAUAGAAAUCUUGAACAAGAAUGUUCCAGUAUCAAUCACUCUGUGAAUCUAGAAAAUAUUGAUUCAGAUAAAACUCUUCCUAAAAGUGGUUCAGUAAGUAGUCUGAAUUCUGAAGUAGAAAAGUACUGUUCUGUACUAAGGGAAAUAGAUGAUCAGGAACAAAAUAUUCCAGGAGGCAGUAGUGAUACAAACAUGUUGACUAGUCAGAGACCAGUUGAUGGGCCUGCCCAUCGUCCACAAAAACUUCGGACAGACAUGAACUCUGUGGAUUCCUCUUAUGGAUCUGUUGGUAAAUCAGGGUCAAGAACCACCUCUGAGACAAGAGACAGUGAGCAGCAGACGGAUUUGUCCUCUGUUGAUAGUCCAUUAAUGUCACCAUUGUCUUCUCUUCAUUCCUCACUCCGCUCCCCAAGACCUGGGAUUCACCACCUAAUUACCUCCCCAGUCAGUGUAUGGAGUUCAGAUAAAAGUUCUUCCUCUCCCAGGAAGGCUAGAGCAUCAGGGGGACUCAAUACACCCACUGGACGGAGGACUCCAAGGAAACACAAAUCAUCCAAGUUAGAGAUGACCUGUGCUGAUGUGUGGUCCACAGAGACAGUGGAUCCUAAUUGUCCUCCUACUGAAAACAGUGCUACGCUGGAUUCGGAUGUUUCGUCAGAGGAGGAUAAUUGUUACUCAUUAGAGACAGAGACAGUAUCACCUCAAUCUCCAUCUUCUUCAGACAGAUUUUUCGAUCAUGGGAGUUUUAUUCUGGAAAGUCCUCCAAGUGGCAGGGCUGUGCCUAUCCAGUCUCCUGUCAGAUAUGAAGUAACUGUGAAAGAAGAGGAGACCAAUGUGUUCUAUAAUGUCAACAAGGUGGAAUAUAAAACAUAUGGCUUGAAUUCACCUAAUUUGUCAACAACGAUCCCAGAAACUAUUAAUAUUAAUGUGACAAAUACAGAUACUCACAGAGUGGAAAAUCAUGAUGAGCUGGUGAACCAUGAGAGAGUUGUGUUCAGUAGAUCCGAUGCAGAAUCUCCAACUCAUGUUCUUGUAUCUGAGAGAAACUUUCAGGGAUCCUCUACUGUGUCAAAUGCUGAUGGACACCAUGUGGAAAACCAAAUUCAGAAUGAAUAUGGAAAUAGCUAUGUGGAGGAAAGAGGGCCUCCACUAAAUGUUCAGAUUUCAGAAGACCCCAGAGGAGUCAAGUCCUUAACUUCUCCUAUAGAGUCUGAUACUACCUCUGAUUAUGGAACAAUGAUUGGUGAUGGAAGGAGAGGAAACACAUCAUUUAUGUCUGACUCAGCAGACGAUUUGGAUUCCCUCCCUGGGGAUAGGUCAUCAAAUAAAAGCACACCAAGAUCAAAGAUAACAGAUGAUGCACAGCAACCAAAUAGAUACAGAAGGGUUGGUGAGCAAACAGUACUGCAUUUGAAUGAAGAAAACAUAGAAAGCAUCAAUCCUACAGAACAAAGUUUACAAACAGUUAGUCCUCCAUUAAAGAGAUUGAGUAGAUCACAGUGCACAGUGACCUCACCUUCCUCAGAAGUUGCUUCCAGUGUGAUACAGGGCUCAAGUGCAAUGGAUGUCCUCAGGGAUUUAAUUGAAAAUCCCAUCAACACAACCACAGAGGAUGCUGAACACUCUGAUGAAUAUGAUCCUACCAGAAAAUACUUUGUGGAGGAGAUCUGUGAUGAAGUGCACUCCAGCUCUAGUUCUUCUUACACAACACCUCAACAAUCACCUCGACUUAGUAAGACAGAGAUAUCGGAGACAUCAGAGGAACCUCAAAAGGCUGAAGAGACAACUGAAAAGUUGCUUGUACCAGCAGACUUGAAGAAUAUACAAGCAAUUUCUGUUGAUGCAGAUUCUCAGGAACCAAAGGCCAUUCCCAGAAAGCAGACAAAAGAUGAUGGAAGUCUCCACAGAGAGAUGAAGAGAGAAAUCCAGCAGAAAUUGGCUAAUCUCCAGCGGAGAGUGAGAAGUCUGAGUGACUCUGCUAUCAGUUCUGACUACCACACCGAUGGAGAUUCUACCACUGUGUCUCCCAGAGGUAGUCGUCUUUAUGAGUCUGACAAAAUAUUGAGAGUUGGAGGAGGACAUCUUGGACCCAUAGAGGUCAGGACAAGUGAGAUUGAAACUCCACAGAUUCCGGCAGAGAUUCUAAAUACAAAGGCACUGGAAAUUGAGAACAAAAGUGUAAGAAAAUCACCUCUUAAGGACUCUGGAAAUGUGUUUGACGAUAGUGAUACUUGUGAUCUAGGAAAAAGUGAAGAUGACUCUAAAAAGGAAAGCUCUGACCAGGAAGUUAGUGAUGUGAUGCAAAAGAAAGUCCAACAAAGAUCAAAUUUUCCUAUUGAGGUGACAUCCUCCUCAGAAGAAUCUGAUUCUGAUGUGAGAUGUGAAACAAACAGUGAGCGAUCUUUGUCUCCAGGGGAGAUUCUUAUUGAUGACUAUGAUGUACCUCAAGAGGAACAAACUGUUGAAGCUGAUGAAAAAUCUAAAUAUAAGUACAACCUGAUCAAAGAAAAGUCUCCAUCGAUGUCAGAUGUUCCAACAGAGGAUCGUGAAGAGAUCAGACGAUCCAUGUCAGAGGCCUGCAUGGAUCAGUAUGAAGAAGCAAAGGAUGACAAUGCCAACAGCUCUAAUGACAGCAUUGUAUUUGUAUUUAUGGGUCAAUCACACAGCAAAGACAGCAUGGAGCAACUGAAGUCUUUCACAUCCAAACAGCCAGAGUACAACAUUUUAAGCAGCACUGAAGUGUUAGAAGACAGGGGUGAUGAGAGUGAUGAAGAUGGUAGAAGCUCAAACAGAGACACAAUUAUACAAGAGGAAGAAGCCAUUGAUGGUAUGGAAAAUUGGGAGCAAAGGCCUAGGAGCUAUACAGACAAUGAAGAUGAUGACAAGCCACUGCGACAUAAAUUUGGAAUUGAUGAAAGUGUCCUACCUAUUCCCACCCGCUCCAUGUCAUCAGACAAUUUACCAAAACAAGGCCUGAGUCAGCAAAAAAUCCAUCGGUCAAGGUCUACUAGUUUGUUAGAAGUUCACUCAAAGAUUGAGGUGGCUGAUGAUUCUAGCAACAAUGAGGGCAUCUUCCCACCCUGUGUUGAGACAAGUGAGAGAGAGUCCCAAAAUACUUCUGAUGUCAAAGACAGCACAUCAGCAGAGAUUGGUGACAGUGACUUCUCACUGACAGAGCUACCAGAUGACAUGCAGUAUUCUCGAUUCCCAAGUCAACAUGCACAUCCAGAUGACACUCAUCAGCAUACUAGCUACAACUCCACCAUGAGGCCUAGAGAUGAGGAAAGAAAUGCUGAGGUGUCUCAGGGCUUGGUGGAGUUUGGAACUCAGACAAAUGAAACCAUCUUGCCAACUCAUGCUAAGGAUAAUCGAGUUCUUCCUGGAUUAGAUUCUCCAUACAGAGCAAAAAGCACAGAAGAGUUGACUCGAGGAAGGACAACUGAACUACAUCUGACUGAGGACACAGAAAACUGGCAGAAUUUAUCCUCAAUUGUAAUAGAAAACAAUGCACGAGUUCAGAACCUACAACAGAGAUUGCCUGGAGAGUAUCGGUAUGGAUCUAUAGAUGCAGUUUCUGCACACAGAGAUGACACAACACAAACCUCUACCUCCCUUCAGAACUUGGAGACCUCCAGCACUCAGACUGACAUCAGCUUUCCUACACUUACUUUAUCUGAAGUGGAGACGACCGAGGUUCUUCCUGAUCUCUCAGAGGUGGAUGGAAAUAUCAACACUGAAAGCCUGGGAAAUGUCAGAGAUACAGUUGACUAUUUUGAUAGGCUGAGCAGAGAACCAUCACCUGCUAAACAAGAAUCAAGAAAACCGGCCCCCAAAAAGAAAACAAAAGACUUAAUACAAAAGAAAGCAGAUGAUGAGGUAACAGAAACCAUUCUUGUUGAAAAGGAAUAUAAUCUGGAAACAGAAUAUAACUAUCCAAACCUAAGUGCAAGCAACAGUGAGAUGGAGAAACUAAAGGAGGAGCAUGAGAAGAUGAUGGAGAAAUUUAGAAUGGCAACAGAGAAUAGAAAAAGAAUGACAGAGAAACUGAGGAAAGAAGGAGGACCUCAAGGAGUCCAUGAAGAAUUUGUUGCAGAAGAAGCAAACAGACAACACAGCCUCCCACGUAUGAAUUGGCAGUCCCCCACUCAAACUAGAGACCAAAAAACAGAUAAGGUUGUAAGGGAGAGUACAGAUAUUCCAACAAAGAAAGGUAGUCAAAAUGACAUGUAUACAAAUGAAACUGUUGGAGUGAAGACAACACAUAAGGCAGAGACAGUGGAUGAUGUUCUUAGUGAUGACGAAGGGUGUAUAACACCGCCCACCUCACCAGUUGCCAUAGAAACAGAGAUACCAUCACAAGACAUCAGUGUGCCACUCAGGUCAAGGUUGCAGCAUCUUAGUAGAGAAGCAGAUAAUCAUGUAAUGAUGAAUGGAAAUGCUGAUCUGUCUGAGAAUGUCCAACGUGAGAUUCACGAGAAUGGAGGGCCCAGUUUAAAGCUAGAUCUGAGUGCCAUCACUGGAGAGCCAGAUUCACAGCCAAUUACUAACCUCAGCAAUAAUCAAAUAAAGCAGAAACUUGAUAAGCUUCAUAAAGAGAGGGUCCAGAUAAUUGAAAUGCUCUCCUUGAACUACCUCCCUGCCAGUUUUACUGUAGAACUUUUGGAAGCUAAACUGAACUACUGCAUAGGUCAAACUGACCUUAUUUUGAAGUCUUUAGAGGAUCAUUGGGACAGUGACAAAGAGAGAAUGAGUACAAUAUACCAUCCAAACAUCACAAGAGAACAUCUGACCAUGUACAGAAAUGAGCUACAGCAGUCCAAAACAGACAUUGAAAUGUGUCGUGAGAAAAUGCAGAGAAAGCAGGGAACAGGUCGAGGUAGGACUAAAGGAAGGAACAGGGAUUUCUUGAGGAUGAGGAGGAAUGCUGAAAUAGAGGCCUUCAAGGUUGAAAGAAUGCUGGAACUUCAGAACUAUGAAAGAUCACAAACCCUGCAUAAUUUGAACAAUUCCUUUCAGGAGUCUUUGCCAGAGAGAGGCUCCAGAAGUGUUAGUCCUACUUCAUCUGUCCAUUCCUCCUCACAGUAUAUGACUCCAAAACAACACAUGGAUCAUUUAGUCCAUCUCCGUAAAGAGCUUGUCAAACACACAGAGGAUCCAGACUUCCUGAACAGGAUUAGCAGGUCAAGUUCUCCAUCUCUGCACCACAGGACUACAUCAUAUCCCAGCCCAAGACUUCACCAUGACUACCUCUCACCACGGUCCGCAAGUACUCAAGACAGAUUCUUUGACUCAGAAACCCAGGUAUAUGAUAGCUACUCAAUGUACUCACCUCGAGAGUCCACCUUCUCUCCCAGAACAUCCUACCACAACCGACAACUCAACUACUCACCUAAGAUAGCUUUUUCUGUGGCAGAUGAGCUGCCCUCUUCUGUUGACUAUGGCUAUAGUACCUACCUUGUUCCUCCUCGACCCAGGGAUAGGGAUUCCCCCAGAAGUGUUUCCUCUGACUCCAGACCUCCCAGCAAUACUCUGCACUCCCCUACCCAGCUGUCCACUGGGUCCAUUUCACCAGAGCCCAGAUUUCGACCAGUGAUGGACCAUUCACUGGACCAUCAACUAGAAUCUAGAAACUACUACACAGGCAGUGAGAGUCGACAGCUGCUCCAUGAGAUAGAACAGAUUCGUCUUCAGAACAGGACAGAGAUCCAGAGAGCUCAACACAUACUGGACUCUUACAGCAAAAAACCAUCCAGUGUUAGGAACUCCCAUAUGAGUGUCGAUCGUCCGAGUUCAAUGCCUAGACAUCCUUAUUCUUCCUACAGUGACUACGCUUCAGAUCUGCUGGAUGCCAGUCACCGCAGCAUAUCAGGCACAUUGUGCGGAAGUUACGAACUUUACGAGAAGGAAGUCAGCAAUCUGACUUCACGUCAUAGACCGUCGUCACCAGGGUCAGUGAUAUCAGACGUUGGAACGUAUCAUGGAAUUGAUCCAAACAGAAUUCGACCAAUCCAGUCCUCAGAUAUUAAAGCCAAGCUAAAACGACGACACACGACUCGAAGGUGACAAGCUCAGGAAACAAUGGAUGACUUGCUUAUCUGUGAUAUUUUAUGUUGGUGCCAAAGACUUAUCUUAUAAAGUUUCAUUUGUUGUGAUUUCAUUGUACUUUGUUCACAUGAUCAUUCUCUUCUGUUGGAUUUUAUGAUGAAUGGCCGAGCUGAUUUACAACAUGAUGAAUCUCUUGCAUUCAAAGGUCCUGACAGAUGAUGAAUCGGAAAAAGUGAGACAGUGGAGAGAUACUGAUGCAGACAGAUCUUCCUUCUCUUCUGUUUUUCUUCAUUGACUAUUUUGGAUCUAUAGAUAAACUGAUGAUUUGAUCACAUUGAGGAGGAAUUUGUUGUGAUACUUGUGUGUAUUAUGGUGCUAUUGGUGCUCAGAUGUGCUAUUGACCAAUCAUUUGUUCUGAGAAAAAAGUUUAUAGUGAUAAAUAUUUUUUAGUAAUAAUUCUAAAUGUUUAUAAGAAUAUUACUCACAUUUUAUUUGUUUGUAAAUUGUGUUUCUUUGAGAGAGUCUGUUCUCCAGGAAUCAAAUCUCUAUUUAUUUUUAGCUGGGUAAGUUUUUAGAUGUUGUUAAAGUAAUUGUUAAGAAAGAUGUUGCAGGUUUUAUUUUAAAUAUUUGUUUUUAAAUCUGUGAUGUUGAUGAUUCCUUCCAAAUAUCCACUAAACUUUAUCUAGUCAAAAUAAUCUGUGUUAACUCUGUUCAGUCUUUGUGGAUUAUGAUUUGUACACUCUAAUUAUAAGCUCUGUAUCCUAUUACGGAAUAUUUUUUU